GAGUAACUCCCGGUGACUGGACUACAACUGGAGAUUUUACCAAGGAAAAACGCUUUCAGUCAACAUUAACUGCACAGACUUUCUGCUUCAACACUGUUUACCCUUCACUGUUGCUGAAUGAAGAAGUGAAUCAACUGUGAUCGCAGUCAUGGCUGUCCAGACUGGCAUCCAGGUAUGGUUUGGCGAGAAGUUCGACGCCCCCCUGCUGAGCCCCAGGAGCCCUCGCAGCCCAUUAGCACAGCGGCAUGGCCCCGGCCUUGCAGAUGUCUUCCAGUAUGACCAGUGGCUGGCAGUGCGACAUGAAGCCACACUGGUGCCCAUGCAGGAGGACCUGGCCAUCUGGCUCACCGGCAUGCUGGGCGAGGAGGUGAGAGCAGAGUUCUUCAUGGAGGAGCUGAAUAACGGUGUGAAGCUCUGCCAGCUUAUCGGCGUGCUGCAGACCAAGAUCGCCCAGAGCUGCCCCUCUGCGCUCUGCAAGCUGUUCCCCACAAGGAAGAUUGCAUGUAAGCGGGACGCCUCUCCAGGUUCCUUCUUCGCUCGCGACAACACCGCCAACUUUCUGGCCUGGUGCCGCCACAUCGGUGUGGAGGAGACCUACCUGUUCGAGUCAGAGGGCCUCGUGCUGCACAAGGAGCCUCGGCAAGUUUGUCUCUGUCUCCUGGAGAUUGGCCGCAUUGUCUCCAAGUAUGGCGUGGAGCCUCCUGUACUGGUGAAGCUGGAGAAGGAGAUAGAGUUGGAGGAGACUCUGCUGCUGACAGAGGAGCCGCCUCCAGCCGUGAAAACCUUCAGCGUUUGCUGCCAGCACGGCGGCCUCUAUCAGUCUGGGGAGCACGGCAUGGACGAUCCACCCUGCAACUGCGCCAACAGAGUGUCCAUUGAGUACCUGUCUGAGGGACGCUACAGACUGGGAGACAAGACCCUCUUUAUUCGGAUGCUGCAUGGGAAACAUGUGAUGGUGCGUGUCGGCGGCGGUUGGGACACUCUGCGUGGUUUCCUGAUGAAAUACGACCCUCUGCGCGUGCUGCAGUUCACCACACUGGAGCAGAAGAUCCUGGCCUUUCAGAAAGGCCCGCCCGGCCUGGGAGGUCACCAUGGCAAUGCAGCUCCGCCCCCCCCCCCCGCCCUGGGCCCCCCCGCCGCUGUCCACAACCUCAUGUCUUCCCCAUCCUCCCCCUCCUCCUCCACAUCAUCAUCUUCCUCUUCCUCCAGCUCCGCCUGUAAGCCAACAUCUGCGAAUGGCGCAGGUCAGACGUGUCGGUCCUACGCCGCCUCCCCGGCCUGCACGCCCACAUUGCCCAGAAAGGGUGCUGCCCAAGCCCCAAAGAAGAACCUGCAGGCGACGCCUUCUUCUCCCAGGAAGCCCACCCAGCUGCCCCUCCCCAUCACCACCAAAGGCUCCUCCUCUCUGCCUGCCACACCUGUGGGAAGCUCCUCAAAACAGUCUCCCAGCCCAGGGUGUCAGGGUGCGCAGCUCCUCCGCAGAGCUCUGACCCCAUCCUCAGCUCCAUCACCUGCCCCCACAGAUCCAAGCUCCGCCUCCAAACUGAAGCUCAAACCCUCACCACGCGGCCCCCUCGCUCAGCCCAGGAGCCCCGUCUGCCCCGAGCCGUCUUCCAAGUGCCCUAAACCCUCCAGCCCCUGCACCUCCCCCAUCGCUACUUCUGUGCCUCGUCCCGUCACUGCACCAGUACGGGCACCUACCCCUAAAGACACCCGGCCCCCAACGGGUGCCAGCCAGCGCACUCGCCUUGCACAGCGCCGUCCCGGCUCCCCAGCCUCGCGCCUCCGUCUAGAGGCAGCGAGACGGGCGCGGACGGCCACAAGAGCUGCAGCGACGCCAACUCCCCAAACACGCACCCCCACCCCCAGCUCACGGACAGCCUCCCCGGCGCUGCCAAAACCUACCAGCUCCCUGCCAAAGGGCAAAGAGGUCACAGCCAAAGCCAAGGGGCCGGCCCCGACAAAAACAGCGGCGGCGGCUGCUGCCCCUCCACGCAGCACUGCUGCUGUCCCCGGGCGGGUCCCAGGGGGCAACACAGGCCCUUCUCCCUCCAGCAAAGCCAAUCAGAAAACACCAGCCACAGCUCAGAGGGCGGGGCAAAAGCAAGCAGCCGCCGUUAACCCCGUCAAUGCGAAAUCAACCCUAAAACCCGAGGCGACUACAGGAAAAGCUCUGGCCCCGCUAAAAACCAGCCCCAACAUCAAAGCGGUCAAAACCGAGCCCAGCAUCACUAAGAGGAUCCCACAGUACAAGAGCAAAAGUGAGGACCCUUAUUUUGAAAUGAACAGUCGGAGGAGGCAGAGGACGUAACGAGACGGUCCCGCCAAAGCCAGCCGGCUGGUCACACACAGCUUCUUAUCAAAAAGCAGCACUUGUUGGAACUCAGACUCUAUUUUUUAAUCACUAAUCCGUUAAAAAGCUUCUCGUUUUUGACCAGUUAUUUUUGUCUUCAAAUUAAUUUUUGUUGAUUUUUGUACAUUAUUUAAUAGUGUUUUAUUUUUUUUUAAUCCAAAAGGGUCAAAGAUGUCAUGCUUUGUAUGUCUCUUGUCUUUAUGGUGAUUUAAUGGUCUUUUUUUGAGAGUUCAGCUAACCUGGUUAACACUAAAACUUGCACAAUGUUUACAUUUUUACUUUGGUUACAUGUACAAGACUUUUACAGAACAAGGAUCUAAUUUUAUAGAAAAUCAUGUUCAAACACUAACCUCAAAGCUUUUUUUAGCGUAAUAAAACAAUACAGGAUACAGCCAUGAUUUAGUAAAACGCACUUAGGUGAACAUUUACAGGAUCAGUUUUUAUCCAUAGCGAAGCAGCUCCGGAGUCCUGUUUUCUCCCACAGGUUACCAAAGUUGGAGUUCAGUGAUAAAACUGGAACACAAAUCAUGGUUUCUGAUAUAUUUCUCUCCCCAGUGAGAACGUACUUUCCGCUGGUGGAUAGUCAGACGUAACACUUGUCUGAUUUUUGUACAAAUGAUAUCUAGGUGGGAGGUUUGUCUCGAUGGCGCCAAAGCGUCUUCAGGAUGAACCUUCCUGUCGUGUGCCUUCAUCAGAAAUCUCUAGUUUCUGAGCGGCAUUAGAAUGUAUUAGAUGCUCGGGGGUGCUGGGGGUGGUGUGGGGGGGGUUAAUGGUUUUUACUGAUGAAAAUUGCACAGUGUGUACGAGCACUCACGACUUUGGUUUCUCCAAGAAAAGAAGCCCGAGUUGUAGAUGAACUACUGAUCAAAACGCCUCUUUUUUUU